AUGAAGGUCUCAGUACUAUGCGGCGCGACCCUCUUCUCAUUGGCGACCUUCGCCUUCCCUGCGAGCAUGCUCAAAGGUGACAUUAGUGACGCGACCCUUGCGGAAAUCACCGCUCUGACGGAGAGGAUCGCAAGAGAUCUAGAGAGCAAGCGAUCGGGUGCCCACGUCAAACGUGCAUUCGAUGCAGAGGCUCAGCGCAUCAGUACUACUGGUGAUCACAAAUACAUUGCGCCAGGCCCCAAUGAUCUCCGUGGACCUUGCCCUGGUAUCAAUGUUUUGGCAAACCACGGUUACAUUCCCCGGAAUGGCAUCUCUACAAUCACACAAAUGACUACGGCCGCCAAUGAGGUGUUUGGUAUGGGCCUGGAUCUAUCAGGAUUUCUAGCAGUCUACUCCGCCGUCAUGGCAGGUGAUCUCACCUCUUUUUCGAUUGGAGGUAAACCUAAGUCUGGUGGGCUCCUAGGCGGUGUAACCUCAUCACUCGGCCUUCUCGGAGAACCACAAGGCCUGAGCGCGUCACACAACCGCUUCGAGGUUGAUGGAUCACCCACCCGAUCGGACUUGUACUCAACUGGCGACCCCGUAUCCCUCAACUUGAGCUAUUUCGAGCAGCUCCUCUCUAUGCCUCUUGGCAAGAACGGCAUUGACCCCUCCGUUAUAACCCAGUUCCGCCUUGAUCGCACAAGGCACUCAAUCGCUACGAAUGGUCAUUACUUCUCAGGCCCGCUACAGGCCCUUGCGUUGAACCCCGCCACGUAUCAAUUCACCUACCGUUUCUUCGCCAACCACACUGCUGAGAAUCCUGAGGGCUAUCUCGAUGCUAAGACGCUCAUGUCAUUCCAGGGUGUUACCGGAGAGAAGGGUAAUUACAAGUGGGCUCGUGGGCAAGAGAAGAUUCCUGAGAACUGGUACCGCCGCGUUAUCGGUGACGAUUACAGCAUCGCAGCAUUCGCUGCGGAAGCCGUCUCAAUUGAACUACAACACCCCGAAUUUUACCGGUUUGGUGGAAACACCGGCCAGCCCAACACAUUCACUGGAGUCGAUGUCGACGACUUGACAGGCAAGUAA